CGUGCGCUUGCGCAGUGCGACCUGGAGGGCUUCGGGGCCGCGGCUGACCCACGUGUGGCGUGCACCCCGCAGCAUCAUGUUGUGAGGAGAUGGGGGCCUCGGUCACGCGCGCCCUGAGGAAUUUCAACGUGGAGAACCGGGCCGAACGCGAACUGAGCAAGAUGAAGCCCUUGUCGGCGCCCCGGCACCCCUCCACCAAGAGCCUCCUGCAGGAGCAGAUGAGCCGCCAUCCAGAGAUUGAGGGAGAAAUCUCUCGGAAAGAUGACAAGCUGUUGUCACUGCUAAGAGAUGUUUAUGUGAAUUCCAAAGAUCCAGUGUCUUUGAAGGUGAAAGAUGCUGGAGUACUUCAAGAGUCAAAGGAGUUCAGAUUGCCAAUAGGCCAUCACUUCGAAAUGAUGAAUAUUGAGCGCAUUCCCAAAGGCAAAAUUUCAAUUGUAGAAGCAUUGACACUUCUUAAUAAUCAUAAACUUUAUCCAGAAACAUGGACAGCUAAGAAAAUAGCAGAAGAAUACCAACUAGAACUGAAGGAUGUAAAUUCCCUGCUCAAAUACUUUGUUACUUAUGAAGUCAAAGUUCUCCCUGCUAAAGACAAGAAAGCAUUGCAACCAAAAUGAAGAAUUGAUCUUCCUAUUUCCUUUUCAGCCCUUUACCCUAUUUUCUUGAUUUUGGGAUAUAUUAAUUACAGAAUGUAUAAUGCUCCCUUCUUGUAAAAGUGUACUAUUUAUUAAGCUUGUUGAUUUUUCAGGAUUGCUAACAGGAUUUUGUUUUGAGCUCUCAAUUAGAAAUUUAUUCAUAGUGUAUCAGCAUGUCUAAUUAUAGAUUUAUUAUAAAUAAAGGAGUUAAUGUGUUAUUUUAGGGAA